UUUACAAUGGAUUUAUGUUAGCAAUAGAAAUCCCGAGGAGAUCUUUGUUUUGAAUACGUAAAAACUAGAAGUUUAUUUACGCAAUAGGUGUCGUAUUAUAGAUUAUAAAAAAAGCCUAGAACGGAAGUUGUUAUUCCGCAGUUUUUUACACAACUGUAAGCAUACUGAUCGAUUCAACAGAGGCUGCGAAUAAUAAUCUCAUGUGGAAAAGAAUGCACAUUUCAAUCAUGGACUGUGUUAACCUUGAAUACAUUUUCAACGUAUCAGUUGGGGUUUAUUUACUAUCAAUACCUGUUUACUCCGCUCCAACCACAGACUGUAGUAAAUUUGAUAUUCGCUUCACGAGAGAGGGCCAACCGGGUUAUACAUACAGAGAAUUCUGCAGUAACAUUUGUUCACCCAGGCGUAACCCAAAAUAUGACGCUCUUUGUUGGAGCGAUAAAAACGUCCUAAAACAUUGCGGGAAAUACGUAGACUGUAUUAAUCAAACGCCAGAACCCCAACAUGACACAGUAAACAAGUUCACAAAAUAUGGCGUUCCUACACUUCUAGCGAUUGUUGCUGUCUUCGGCAUUGCAACAUUGACUGCUGCGUACAAGUUUGAUAUUAUCGCUAGGAUACGACGAAGAUAUGAACGUACAGCCCAAGAAAGGGAAGCAGUUCCCAACCAACCAGCAGCAGAAGUAGCUUUAAUGAAUGGACAAACUACCAGACCUGUUGAACCGGAGCAACAUGAAAAAGGUGAACUGUGUACUGGUUAAUACGACAACGACGGUCCAAGAAAGAUUACAAUGCUUGAAGAAGAAAAUGCUUUAUAAUAUAGACUUAUAUCAUGAUAUAUUAUUUAAGACUUAUAUCGAUUAAUGAGACAAUUCUACUAGAGAUAGUAUGUCUUGUAAAGAUGAUACAGAUAAUUUCUAUCUUGUCUGGAGAUAUUAGAACCAAAUACUUUGUUUAAUUUGUUUUUUACACCACCGUGUAAUGAAGUUGAAUAAUGUAUUUAUGUAUGUUUUCUAUAUUUUCUACAAUGUACAUAUUCAAGUUAAAGGUAAAUAACAAUGAAUAUGCUUUUCUUUUAAAUGCAGUCUAGAUAUACUGUAGUACUGUAGUGUAAAUUUCUGCUACACCACAACAUAUGCCCAUGGGCGUUUAGCGGCAUGGUGUAUGAAGUAUGUAAGAAAUUAUGAAAUGAAUGGAAUUGAAUUAUAUACAUAUGUAUAUACUAUAUUAGUGAUUUCUUAUUCAUAUUUGAUUUAUGUGGCCUCGGCGUUAAAAAUCCUGAAGAUUGAAGAUCAAAAACUUAUGAAAUGAAUACUUUCGAAACUAUAGAAUAUCAUUAAUAAACUGCUAGCAUGGCAUCGGGUAGAUAUCAAAUACUAACUAGGACAACAUUCCCUAAAUGUAUGACAAUUGAUAUAUUUUUAGCAUUCACCGGUAUAAGUGGACUUACUGUUGCUGUUGAUAUUAAGUCAGUACUCGGAGCGUCUGAGGAUUUUAUUAUUUGAUUGUACGAACAUGUACGGUUUAGGCUUUUGAAUAAAGAUUAUAUUGAAAUUUAUUAUAUUUGUUAAUAAAUGUUUGUAGCCCCCAAGCGGUCCGCUUUGAUCUUCAGCAUCACUAAAAUUGCUAUUUUUAUUUUUUCAGAAAUAUAAAUAAAUGCAUAGACUUACCUCAGCUGGUAAAAUAAUU